CAGAAAUAGAAGGUCUUCUAUUUCUGUGUUGUGGGUUAAGGAAUGUUUUUAUUCUUAGAGAAUAAUAAUAGUAAGGGGGUUGCAGGAUCAAAAGAAGAGCCACACAAAGCAUUAAUAAGUUUAUUUAAAGCACAUUUUUAAUCUUGUUUAUUAUUAUACAUUGGGCAUCUAAUUAACCUUUGUAUCCUUUUAUUAAAGUCAUAACAAAUCAAAGUGGAUGAAUCCUUUUGUUAAACGUCUUUUACAAAACACAACGAAAACAAUAAUGUCUAAACGAAAAUUAAAUGAUUACGCGGGGUUCGAGAAAGUUUUGAAAGAAGCAAAAAAUAUUGUCGCCCUUACAGGAGCAGGAAUCUCUGCGGAAUCGGGAAUUCCCGUAUUCAGAGGCGCUGGUGGACUAUGGCGAAACUAUCAAGCCACAAGUUUAGCUACACCUGAAGCUUUUAGAGCCAACCCUUCAUUAGUUUGGGAGUUUUAUCAGUACCGUAGAAAUGUUGCUUUUAAUGCUCAACCAAAUAAUGCUCAUAAAGCUCUGGCAAUACUUGAAGAUGAGUGUAAAAGGAAAAAAAAUAAUUUUGCUGUGAUUACACAGAAUGUAGAUGGUUUACAUAAAAGAGCUGGGUCAGAAGAGAUAGUUGAGUUGCAUGGAGCCUUAGAUAAAAUUAUUUGUACUAAAUGUAAACAUAUAGAAGUUAAUCUUGAUAGUCCUGUUUGUGAGGCACUAAAAGAUAGAGGGGAUCCAAACAAUUUAAAUCAAGAACCUAUAAUGAUUAAAGAUUUACCCAAGUGUAAAAAGUGCGAUUCUUUGGCGAGGCCUUAUAUUGUUUGGUUUGGGGAAAGUUUAGAUCCUCAAGUAAUGGAAAAGGCCAGAAAUUUGGUGGAAAACUGCGAUUUGUGCCUUAUUAUUGGUACUUCUUCAGUUGUAUAUCCAGCUGCCAUGUUUGCACCAUCAGUGUUAGAACGUGGUAAACCUGUGGCUGAGUUUAAUAUAAGUGAGGAACCUGCUAACGAGGGUUUUACGUUUCACUUCAGUGGAAAAUGUGGUACUACAUUGCCAAAGGCUUUGGGUAUAGAUUUAUAAAUGAAAGUCCCCUAUCCUGAUUAAAAAUUUAUUUUGUCACAACUCUGAAAUUAAAUUGGAUUAUAACAUUAAUAAAUCACAUAACAGCUUUAAUGUAUAAAUAGUUAAAUAGUGCAUUUUCCUGGACAAAUUACUGAUAGUUUAUAAUAAAUAUUUAAAAAAAU